UAACCCUAUCCCUAUAUAUACAUAAUAGCAUCAUAUUCAGUCACUUUGGCAGUGUUUCUUCAGACAGCUACUCUGAAUGCAGUUUUAGACAAUUAUAUACCGGUACAAGUACAUUUAUAAGGACUGAUAACUACAGCAUUAAAAGAUCGGGAUUACUGUAAAUAGAAGAAUGGAGAUGAGAGAGCAGAUUUUUACAAAUGUUGAAGUUACAGCAGAUAAUAGAGCUAAUUCCAGUGACAGCAAGCAAUCAAAGGAAGAUGUUGAAGACAAUUUGCAGACCCAGAGGGCUGGAAGCUUCAAGCAUUCUGAGAGCUCAGGAAUCAACAUGGCAGGGAAGAUACUUUACAGACUGACUACAGUGUGUUUGCUGCUGCUGUCUGCAAUCACAGUGCUGUGGAUCAAAUUCAGCAUCCUUAAUACAGACAAACCCAAGCUGGAGACCAGUCACAACAACUUGACUAAGGAGAGAGACCAGUUACAGACCAGUUACCACACCCUGGUUAAAGAAAGAGACCAGUUACGUACCAGUUACAACACCCUGACUAAAGAAAGAGACCAGUUACAGACCAGUUACAACAACCUGACUAAAGAGAGAGAUCAGUUACAGACCAGUUACACCACCCUGACUAAAGAGAGAGAUCAGUUUCAGACCAGUUACACCACCCUGACUAAAGAGAGAGACCAGUUACAAACCAAUUACACCACCCUGACUAAAGAGAGAGACCAGUUACAGACCAGUUACAACACCCUGACUAAAGAGAGAGACCAGUUACAGACCAGUUACAAAAACCUGACUAAAGAGAGAGACCAGUUACAGACCAGUUACAACACCCUGACUAAAGAGAGAGACCAGUUACAGACCAGUUACAACACCCUGACUAAAGAAAAAAAACAGUUACAGACCAGUUACAACACCCUGACUAUAGAAAGAGACCAGUUACAGACCAAUUACAACACCCUGACUAAAGAGAGAGACCGGUUACAGACCAGUUACAACACCCUGACUAUAGAAAAAAACCAGUUACAGACCAGUUACAACACCCUGACUAAAGAAAGAGACCGGUUACAGACCAGUUACAACACCCUGACUAAAGAGAGAGACCGGUUACAGACCAGUUACAACACCCUGACUAUAGAAAAAAACCAGUUACAGACCAAUUACAACACCUUGACUAAAGAGAGAGACCAGUUAAAGAAGCAAAAUGAUGAAUGUCAGAAGUUGGUAACUGGUUCGGGAUGGACUUCGUUUCAGUCCAGACUUUACUUUAUCUCAAUUGAGAAGAAGAACUGGGCUGAGAGCAGAGAGGACUGCAGAAAAAAAGGAGCAGACCUGGUGAUCAUAAACAGCAAAGAGGAACAGAGUUUUGUGGAAAAGCUCAACAAGAAGCCUGGAUAUUAUAUUGGUCUGAGUGACCGUGACACAGAAGGCACGUGGAAAUGGGUGGAUGGAACAGCAAUGAUCACUUCGUACUGGUCAGAUGGGAAUGUCUUUUCAGAUUCGGAAGACUGUGUUGUAAAUGGGUAUGAUGGAAAUACAGGAUGGUAUGACAGACCUUGCAGUGAAAAGUACUACUGGAUCUGUGAAUAAAUUUCUUAGAUAUAAACAUUAAACUAUCAUUACUUACAAUUACACAUAUAGCAACUGUAACCAUACUACUGUAUAUAAUCAGUAACAACUAUAUAAUCUCCUUUGAUUCUAAAAAAAUUAGUCAGAUCCAGUUCAGAAUUAUUUUAUAUGUUAAAAAAGGACAUUAUGAUUAAAUGUAUGGGAGAAAUGUAAGAUUUAAAUGGAAUUAAAUUUAUUUUAAUGAAAUAAAAUAAUAUAUACUGUAUAUUUUAACAAAAUAAUGACCAGCACCUGAUGAAGAUUUUAUAAUAUAAAGUUGAGUCGAUAUUCUCUCAACAUACAGAAGAUUAGAGAAAUAAAACCAAAAUAUUUUGACCUUCAUAAUUCAGACAAUAACUAAAUAAAAAUAUUGCUCUGAAAACGCUUUGGCAUCUGGCUGGGAAAAGUAUAACUUUAACACUGGUUAUAUUUCUAAUGAAUGUAAGUUUUUUUUUUGUUUGUGUUUGCAUUCAGUGUGCUGAAUAAAUGUAAACUCAUAUGUAGGUUUAAGAUUUAUGUUGGGGAAUUUCACAGCAAAAAACAGAGUAUACACAGUAUAAAACAUCCUUUUUCAAUUUGCAUAUGUGCUGAUGGUGAAUGGUUUUAUUUACAUACUCGUGAAUAAAAUAAUAAAAAUAA